CAGCGCUGUUCUUUCGUUCCAGCAGAAUCCCUAAUUCCUGCACCCAGAUUGCAUUUCAAAUUUCAUUAAAAUCAGCUUUAUGGCAUCUUUAAACACUUUGGAAACCAUGAACUGCAAUGGAAAAAAAUCCCAUAAUCCCAAUCACGAGUCAACAAACAUAAAUGAGGAGAAGCAGUCAUAUUCCGCAACGAAAGUUUCUCAAUCUAAUGGCGACGUAAAUGAAACGGUUAUAGCAAGUGAUGACGAAUACGCUAUUGAUGCUAACCCAAUCUCAUAUAGCACACCAUCAAUGCAAAGGGGUCGAAAAAGGAGAGCAUUACAGAAAUCUAUCGUAAUAGGUACUUCAAGCAUCAAAAUCAGCCUUCCUGAACCCGAGCGUACCGAAAUUGAAGCCAUGGAUGCGCAAUGGUGUACAGAAGGAGGGGAAUAUCUCCCGAUGUCCAAACUGCUUGACGGUUGGACCGAGGAGAAAAGGAGAAGAGUGGACACUGGCACAAUUGAUAAGUUUUACCACCAUAACUAUUCCAGCAAGACUUACCGCUCUAUGGUGGAAGUUAAAAGUUAUAUUAAGCAUCACAGCGAUCCACAUAAAAAUAAUUCUAUUACACUUGGAGACUCACAAGAAAGAAAUCAGAAUAAUAAUAGGCCUUUGCAUGAUGACGAAAACGUGACAUCAAAAAUAAACAACAUAUUGUCGAAUUGGGACAAGGAAUAUGCCAACUUUCAAGACAUGGAUGAGAAUUACCAUAUGCCGCUGCCUAUUGAAGAAGACAAGAAAAUUACAGAAGAUAUGGUUCAAGAUUAUUUACUUUUGGGCACACAAAGUACAAUGGAAUUUAUCAACAUGUGAUAAGGUAACCAUAUGUUGAAGAAAGAGUGUAGGAUGAGAGUGGCAACACCAUGUAUAUAUUGAACUAGAAACUUAAUCUAGUAUGUAUGUUAUGUACAUUAUUCGUAUAUUAAGUUAAUUGACUCUUUAUUAUGUUUA